CGAACUCAGGACGAACAGUAUUUUGAGGCCGUAAGAAAGGAAAAUUCCAUUUGAUUCUAUCCACUCCGGCUCGUCCAACUUCACAAGAGGACUUUCCAUCAAUUGGCAUAAAAAAGUCCAAGAAAUUAUGUUAAGUUGACUACGAAAACUCCAGCCGACACCCUGACAGAUGCAAAAGUGAGAAAGACUCUCAGGAGAUAAGAGUGUUGUAUUUACCCAGCUGUCGGAUCACAUUUAAACGCACUUCUACAACACAGAGGCCCUAAUUUGAAUAUACGCGGUUCUUUCAACAAAUCAAACUUACAGCGCAAAGUACAGAACCUGAAGCAACAGUCCAUGAAAUUCGACACAGGAUAAUACUAUGGGCAACGAUACAGAACAUAACCACAAAUCUUGGGACGAAAAGAAAGCGGAAUUACAUGUGAUACUCCUUUGCUCCGUGGUUUUAAUUCUGGCCGCUAUAAUUGUAGCCGGAAAUUCUCUGGUGAUUGCUUCAGUUAUUUCCAACAGAAGACUUCAGAGUAAGACAAGCGCGUUCAUCACAAGUCUCGCGGUUUGUGAUCUCAUCAUAGGUCUGGUGUUAAUGCCACUUAUUGUGGUCUCAAACACUCUAGGCCCUGCUGUACAAAACGGGUUGGAUUACUGUCAUGUUACUAUCUCUGUAGCCAUAAUGCUUAUGUUUAACUCGGUGGCAAAUCUCGGUGCAGUGACCUUCGAUCGCUUCUUGGCCGUGGUGGUUCCUUUACGCUACAAAUCAAUUAUGACGAAAAGGGUUAUAGUACCAAUCAUCGCCUUUGUAUGGAUUUUUUCGACAGUUUUUGGAUUCAUACCUUUCAUGGGUUGGCGUACUGUUGUGAAACCUAAGCCAGGCUCGGGGCUUUUUUGUCAAGUUCCACUGAAUCUUGCGCCUGGUUAUAUCAUUACAGUUUGUGUCGUAGGAUUUCUUCCUUCCAUCUUCGUACUGGUAGCGUAUCUCAAAAUCUUUCAGACUGCUUACCUUCACGAAGUAAGGAUUGCAGCAGCUAUUAACAGCGUUCUUCGCAACCAAACCGAACUCAAACUAAAUAUGAUUAAGGAGAUGAAGGCUGCUAAAAUGGUAGCGCUCGUUCUUGGCGCGUUCAUAAUUUCGUGGGCUCCUCUGUAUAUUAUCAUGAUUGUUGACAUCGCCAUGAAAAAUGCUGUGAACUCGUAUAUUUACGCGGGAGGAGUAAUUUUCGCUACGCUAAACUCAGCACUGAAUCCUGUUAUUUAUGCAUCUAUGAAUUCUGAAUUUCGAGACACAUUUAGAGCGUUAAUUCAAUGCCAGAAUGUGAAUGCGAACAGAAUUGCUCCAGGGCCAAGUUAAGAUUGCAGAGUAAACAUCCAAAACCUCACAAUUUUUAGCUUCGGUUACUUUACAUUCUAAUGAUGAACUUCCUAUCUCUGGUUAAUCAUUUUUUGUCAGUAUGCAUGACCACAGAAAUAGGGAUAAAGAACUAUUCGAAUCAACAUAUUUUUAAACAGAGUAGAAGUAUUUUCAAUUUUCCCAUGCAUUUUAUGCAAUACGAAUUUCAACUUUUAUUUUAAGACCAACUUAAUAAAUGA